GUGUCUUUACUACACGCUGGCACCAUGACAGUGUUUGAAAACUGUACUGUUGUGUUAGAUGUGAAGAACCUGCCUUUUAACGAGAAGAAUAAACUGAGAUUAGCUCUUCUGGAGAAUGGAGGAAACAUCUCAUAUGUCAUCAACAAAGAGUGCUCUUUUGUAGUCACUAGCAGUGUGAAUGAUCUGAGCAGUAACCGGCAGCGCAGCAUCCAGAAGCUGCAGAUUCCAGUGGUCGGGACACAGUAUGUGUGGAGCUGUCUGGACCAAGGGCAUCUCCUGCCUUUGACGGAGCAUAAUUUGACCCCACAGCUGCCAUAUCCCGGCUCUGAAUUCCUCCCUGCUUCAGAGGUAAAAGUGUCAACACACGUACUAGGAAAAGAGAAGUUCAAAGGUCACCCUGAACUCCCAAAGACUGAAGCUGAGAUUCUUCAGAAGAGUGGACCCCGUCCUGCAAGGUUCAGAGUUUACAAAGAAGGCGACCAUGACCUGCCUGAAUUUCCUUCAUAUUUUCAAGUGGCCAAGUAUUCAGUUUUUGAGAGGGUCAAACCCAAGACUUUGUCUGUUCUGGAGCUGCAGAGUGCCAAAGGCCGAGCAGGCCAGCAGUAUCGUGUGUUGUGUUCAGUCUUGCGUGAAGCUGAGACCACAGUGGUUCAGGACAAGCUUGUGUUCUGCGUGACAUCUGAAGAUGCUGUGGAAGCAUAUCUGCAGCUGAUGAAGGAGAUUGGGACAGAGGGAUUCACAAAGACACACACACUUUCCCCUGAGGUUGAGCGCUUGGCAUCCUACAGCCUGCAGCAGCUGCUGUUGGAGGAGAAGCUGAACUGCAGCACAUUGUCACAGGAAGUUGGUGUCUUUGUGGAGCUGGUUUGGACUGAAGCUCUCGGUUCCCUUAAUAACAUCCUGACAGUCCCUGUCUCCAGAAUCAGCCUCAAUGACGUGAGCAGGGUGGAGGGAUUGUUACUGCAGGCACAAAAGACUGAGAAAGAGGAUGAAGUCAAAGCCCUGUUGGAGGAGGUCAACACUCUUCUGCCCCUCAGAAUGAUCGACCCUCCUUCCAAACACAAGCUUGUGUCUCAGAAACUGGACCUUUGUCAGCUGAUCAGAGAUAUUGUAAAUGUGAGUGAGGCCACUCUGGGAUGCCCCUCACCCUCGUCUCUGGGAAAAUAUCGAGCGCUGAGGUGCAGCAUUGAGGUUGUUCCACCACAAAACCCUGAGUUUCAUGUUAUCUCUCAACUGCUUCAGGACAGGCCUUUUCAGAUUCAGCAGAUACUGCGUGUCAGCAGAGGAGUGGAGCUUCAGUUGUUUAGGGAGGAUUUAGGCAACAUUAAACCCCUCCUCCACUCCACUAGUCCCAGCAGUUUUGUUGGAAUACUGUCACGAGGUCUGCUGCUGCCCAGGGUUGGAGUCGAACAGCAUGGAAUUGAGAGGACGGAUAUCGGCAAUCUUGGAGGAGGAAUCUACUUCAGUGACUCUCUGAAGACUAGUGUGAAAUACUCCAAGCCCAGUGUGACUGACGGCUCUCGGCUGCUGUUGGUGUGUGAAGUGGCGUUGGGUCGGUGUAAGGACCUGCUGAAGAAAGACACCACUUUGACUUGUGCUCCUGACGGCUACCACAGUGUACAUGGAGUCCGCCGCUCUCCCAACAGACUCUCUGAAUUUGAGGAUGAUGAGUUUGUCGUCUAUAACACAGAGCAGAUCAGACUGAAGUAUGUGGUGCUGUACAGUCUGGAGGGAGACGAGUUAAAAGAGUUCCAGCCUCAAAUCAACACUCAGCUCACACAGCUCACCGACACAACACCUGAUAUCUUGUCCAGUGAUGACAGUGAGGGUUUGGAGUCCAUUAAGAAUCCUCUGGAGGAGAUGAACGCAGGUUUGCUGGACAGCAGUGGUCAGAAACUUCCUCUACAGGCUGUCAAUGUGAGGUGCAAGCUGAUGGACCUGCUGUGUCAGGUCAUCAUAUUUCAGACCUACACAAACCAGAGUGCUGUUCCCAUUGAAGCAAAGUAUGUCUUUCCACUGGAAGAGAUGGCAGCAGUGUGUGGAUUUGAAGCCUUUAUCAAUGGAAAGCAUGUCAUUGGAAAGGUAAAGGAAAAGGAGCAGGCUCGUAAGGAGUACAAGCAAGCCAUAGAGAAAGGUCAUGGAGCCUACCUGAUGGACCAGGAUGCCCCUGAUGUAUUUACUAUCAGUGUGGGGAAUCUUCCUCCUGGAGCCACAGUUUUGAUCAAGGUGACGUUCAUCACUGAGCUGGUGGUCAGAUCAGGCUCUAUAGUCUUCUCACUGUCUGGCAGUGUGGCACCAUGGCAACAGAGAGCCGCCCUUAAUCAGACUACUCAGGCCACUGUUGACAAGAUUGGUGUGACAGAGCUUCAGUCAGAAGGGGAGUUUUCUCUGUCUAUGUCCAUUGAAAUGCCUUAUGAGAUCAUCAACUUAAGCUCUUCACACGGCAUCAAAACCAAGAGGACAGACUGUAAGGCAGUGAUCAGCACGUUACCGGGACAGACUCUGGGAUCUGAAGGAUUACAGGUGUCCUUCAGUCUUUCUAAUAUCCACAUGCCCAGGAUGUGGGUCGAGAACCAUCCGGAUAAAGAUAGUCAGGCCUGCAUGCUGGUGUUUUAUCCAGACUUUAAGUCAAGUGGGGUGUCCGGCUCUGGAGGUCCGUCCAGUGUGAGCGAUGUGGUCAUUCUUCUGGACUCCUCCAAGUCCAUGCAGGGAGACGCCAUGCUGAACGCCCGCAGGAUUGCCCUUCAAGUCCUCAAAUCUCUGCACCGCUCACUGAAGAUCAACAUCAUCUCUUUCAGCACUGAUUACAGGGAAGCUUUUCCUGCACCAGUGGGUUUAGAUGAGGCAUCUGAAGCAGCCAGAAAAUUUAUUAUGUCGUGUGGCGGCUCUGGUGGCAGCACUGAUCUGUGGCGGCCUCUCCGGAGCCUGAGUCUGCUGCCUCCCUGCCGGGGUGUGAGGAACAUCCUGCUGCUCUCUGAUGGACAUGUUCAGAACCAGCCUCUGACCCUACAGCUGGUCCGAGAAAACUCCUGCCACACGCGCCUAUUCACCUGCGGACUCAGCUUGACAGCUAAUCGUCAUAUGCUCAGAGCUUUGGCUCAGGCAGGUGGAGGAACAUAUGAAUUUUUUGACACAAAGAUGAAACACACUUGGACAGAGAAGGUGCGCGCUCAGGUUCAGCGUAUGGAGUCUCUAGGCUGCAGAUCAGUGGCAGUGAAGUGGCAGCAGUUUAACCCCACAGCGCCCCCUCCUGUUCAAGCCCCCUCACAGCUUCACGCCCUCUUCAGUGACUGUCACACUCUCCUAUACGGAUUUGUGCCACACUGCACUCAGGCCACACUGUUUGGUGAUUUGAGUGGACAAGAGAUCAAAACAAUGGUUUCCACCACAGAACUACAAAAGACAAAGGGAACUUUCCUUCACAAGUUAACAGCAAGAGCGAUCAUCAGAGACUAUGAAGAUGGCAUUCUAGCUAACAGUGAGGCAGAACACGAGGGGAAGAAAGCAGAGCUGAAGUCCUACAUCAUUGAGCUCAGUAAAGAGUUCUCCAUCUUGUCCCAUUUCACAAGCUUUGUCGCCAUUGAAGAGAGGGAGCAGAAUGAGCUUGACACUGGAUUUACAGAUUUUUCUAAAAUCAUAUCAGAGGAGGAUGUGGAUACUUUGCCAUAUAUGGGCUGGACUGAAGGGAAGCUGAAGGCUGUGCAUAUUAGCAGUGCUGAAGAAGAUGAUGUAUGGAUGAAGGGAAGCUGCUGUAGCUCCACAUCUGAAGAAAUUCUGGGUUGUGCUCGUGGAGCAGCCGAUUUUGAUGAUGAUGAUGAUUCAGAGGGUGGCUAUGGGUCUAUUAAUGAUUUUAUAGGACAAACAUCUGCAGCUUGCCCUUCUCCUUUUAGCUCCAGUAGCCCCUGGCGUCCUUCAGGUUUUGAAGGUAGAAUUGAGGCUGUCAAAGGCUAUGUGAAAACUAAAUUAGCUGUAGAUGCAAUGUAUCCCCCUUACCUUUCCAUCGAGCUUGGUGCAUCAAUGGCUGCUCCUAGUCCUAAACCCUUUUAUCUACAGGAAGAGUCAGUAGAACCUCUCACCUUGGCUAACAGACUUUCUCCUCCUCCUCCUUCUUUUGGUGCCUUCUUGAGUGACAGGCUUCCCCCUCCAGUUGCCUCCCAGGUUAAUGCCUCAAUGCCUCCUCUCUUUGACCUUCGCUGUAACUUUGAGGCAGUCGAAUCUCUCCCCUUAGAUUACAGCCUUGAUUCCCAGACAGGCACGGCUACCAUAGGUGCCUCAAUGGAUGCUCUUCGUCCUCCUUGCAUUCGUAGUCUCCGUCAAGAGUUAAUGGAACCUCUUUUCAAGACUCAACAGAUUUCUUCUCAUCCUUCUUUUAAUGCCAUGAUGUCCAGAACUGGCUCCUUGAAUGACAGACAUCUCAUUUCCCCUGCCACCCAGCUUUUUUCCUCAGAACCUCCUCACUCUUAUUCUAGUAGAUCUGAAUCAGGGGAAUACAUAGACUACGGACUUGAUUUCCAGAAAGAAAUGACUCCAAUAAUUUGCCCCAUGAGUUCUACCUUUUCCUGUGCCACAGAGAUCUACACCGAGCUUGACACCUCAACACGUACUCUCUUUACAGAUCCUCCUCAUCCUCCUCGUCUCGCAUCUCAGCCAUUCAUGUCUAUGACUCCAAGCCCUGCUCCCCCUCCUAUUUCUCGCAGGGUGGGUGCAUCUUUUUCCAGGAGGCGCAGGGCUGGCUUUGAUCAUCCUGUGUUGUCUGCACCUCCCUCUCUCCCUGUAUCUGGUGGCUUUGGUGGUUUCCUCCAAAGUACAAAUGGGUAUGUGGGUUAUGGUUCCUCAGCCACUGGACUCUUUGGAGCAUCUCUGGAACUGCAGAAAAAGGCACGACAAGAACCACUACAACGAAUAGCCGCUCUGACUUCUGAAGCUGCUACACACAGUGCCGCUUCCUCCCCGGCUCCCCCUCUUCCUGCUCCUUCUGUUCUCUUUGGUCAACCUACAGUUCCUGAGUUUGCUAUUGGCAUGUCAAAUGCCGUUGUAUUUGGUGGCACUACUGGUGUCCUGCAAAAGGCAGCUGAGCCUGAACAGUCUUCUGGUUUCUCAGUUUUUAGCUUUGGAGCAUCUCAGCAACAACAAAAACAUCCUGUGUUUUCUGCACCUGGCUUUCCUAUGCGUAGAGGGAAUAUGGGUCUGUCGCUUCCGGGAAAACCGAUGAGCAGACCAGACACAGUGGCCUGGAAUGGGCUGUUCGAACUUCAGCAUGAGGAUGGAUACUGGGAGUUGACUGACAGGCUGAGCAGCUUCCUCAACCUGGACGUAGACUUUUUUGCAAAUGUCUUCCUUCAGGAGAAAGGCAUCCGUUCUUUUGGUGUGAAGGCUCAUGCUGAAAUUCUGAGGCUGGUGGCGACUCUGCUGGUGCUGCAGCUGAUCCGGGUGAAGAAGCUGGAAUUGGGACGGCUGCUCGAGUCUCUCCUCCGACUAAAAGAGUCCCAGGAGCCCAGACCGAUGUACUGGGAGGCAGUGAAGAGGGCCGUGGACUGGGCCUGCCGGACAGACAGACAGUAUCCGUGUGUGUGCAGCAGGCUGGAGAUCGGCCGGGAUUGGGAAUCAUCUACACGUCAACUACUGGGCUGUGAUUCUCCACACCCAUAUUCCCCACUCAAACCUGUUCUAGAGAGACGUAUGGACAUAUUUGUCACGUAGAAACUUUUUGCUAGCCUUUUUCUCCCAAGACUAGAUCAAUGACUUGUAAUCAAAUGUCGCUGUGAUUUUUAGUGAAUGUAUGAACUAAUUUCUUCUCAAGUUCACACAGAUUUCCUAGCAGAGCAACAAACAGCCGUAGUUCAUCACAUUAACUAUGAUUAUGAUGCA